GGAGUGGCAAGGAGUGGAAUGAGAGCUGAACAUACUGGGACCCAGACUAAGGUAUUGUCCCUGGGAAUAAUGAGAGCUGAACAUACUAGGACCCAGACUAAGGUGGUUCCAGCAGUCAGCAUCAACAUUUGGUUGUGUUCCCCGUUUCUGCCCCUGUAGAAGUAACUAGUGUUGAUGAGGAUGAUCCUGGUGGCUCUGCUGGUGCCUCUGCUGGUUCUGUCCAGCGCUGGACGUACCUCAGGUACGAUUGUCACCAGCUGCGAGGCGUGUCACGAACAAGCCGUCUGCCGCACCUCCGCCAUGGCAGGUGACAUCACAUGCACCUGUAAGAAGGGCUUCUCCGGAGACGGCCUCACCUGUUUACCUGGCCACACCGCCACCGCCGACCACCACGCCCCUCGUCGUGUCCGCCGCUCCUACCCCACCUCCAACACCAACCUUGCCCAUGUCCGGUUCAGCUGCGGCUUCAACGAGUGCGCCGACGGGGAGGACUGCAUCACGGUCGCCGGCAUCCAGCAGUGCUCCAACCCCUGUAAGAUCUACACGGUCCUGAACGACGCCUGGCGUUCCACCAACAACCACGUGGGCAACAAGCACUGCGACCGCAACGUCCGCUGGGACGGCUAUUACCGCAUGUUCAUCGGCAACCAGAGCGUGUCCAUGCCGGACAAGUGUGUGGAUUCCUUCAAGUGCGGCACCCAGGCUCCCUUGUGGCUGGCGUUUCCUCCCCCCCAGCAGGUGGAUGAAAUUGUCCAGAGUGCAGUCUGCGCCAGCUUCAAUGGGGACUGCUGCUGGGUGCAGUCUCAGCCCAUCCACGUCAAGGCAUGUCCUGGGAACUACUUUGUGUACAAGUUCGUCAUGCCUCCCGGAUGCUACUUCGCCUAUUGUGCAUAUGUGUCAGCUCUCACCACAACACCAAAACCAGUCACAUCUACACAAAUACCAGUAGAGAACAAUCGCACCACAACAACAACACAGUCACAGGUUUCCACGACUACGCCAAAAGCAAUGUGUGGUACCUGCAGAGAGGGGGAGACCUGCGUGAGCACCGAUGGGGUCACUUGGCGGUGUGAGAGGCCAGAUCAGCCUGUUUUGCUGCACCCAGAGGUAGUAUGUGGGCGGAGCCUGGUACAGGUGGGUCUCAACAGGACUAACCUGGAGGCUGCUGGUCUGGACGCCACCACCGCUAACCUGGCCGACCCCCGGUGUAACGCUCACGAAGAGCGUGGCGGCAUGGUAUGGUACCAGGUGGAGCGCAAGGAGGGCGCCUGCGGAAACACUCUGGUGACAAACGGAACGGACGCCAUCUUUUCCAACAGUUUAUUCAUCUACCACGUUCACGACGUGUCCUUCAGCCGACCCGUGAGCGUGCCUUUCUCCUGUGCCUACCCUCUGGAAUCAGAGACCAGCCUGGAUGUGGCCAUCAAACCCUACCUGUCGUAAGUGGAGACGUGACGUUACAGUAAA